CAAUUGGCUCUCCUAUGCGCGGCAGGACACGCCCAUUACCAUGAUACCGGCCGCUCAGAUGCGUGCCUUGCGCGUCCGACCUUCAAUCGCUCGCUUGCGUCCUUCCCGCCGCCCGUUUCUCCACCCCACCAGGCACGCCUCGACAGUCGCGACCGAUGCACGUUCUGCCGCAACAAGAACGAAGAACCUCAUUUAUGGCACCGCUCUGACGCUUGCUCUAUCAUUUGGCUACCUCUAUAUCACAGAUACGCGUGCUAGCGUUCACGAAUGGCUCGUCGUUCCGGCUCUCCGACAAAUAUAUCCCGACGGAGAAGAUGCGCAUCAUGCAGGAACACGCAUAAUGAAGGCUCUGUAUAGCUUCGGCUUGCACCCUAGAGAGCGUGGAAACCCAGACGCGGCAGGAGACUUGGAAGUGGAGGUCUUUGGUCAUACGUUGAGCAAUCCUAUCGGAACCUCUGCGGGAUUGGACAAAGGCGCUGAGAUCCCCACACCUACUUUGCUACUUGGCGCUGGGCUUGUCGAGGUGGGCGCAGUAACUCCGUUGCCCCAAGAAGGGAACCCUAGACCGAGAGUCUUCCGGAUACCGUCGCAGAAUGCGCUCAUCAAUCGCUAUGGUUUCAAUUCUGAGGGUGCGGACAUGGUGGCUAUCAGGCUACGACAGCGCGUAAGGGAAUUUGCAUACCAUGCCGGCCUUGGGCUCGACGAGGAGGCGGAGCGAGUGGUGCUGGACGGGGAGGCUGGCGUUCCCCCGGGGUCGCUCAUGCCCGGUCGGCUUAUGGCGGUUCAGAUCGCGAAGAACAAAACUACCUCAGAGCAGGAUAUUGAGGCUGUCAAGAGGGACUAUACUAAAUGCGUUAACAUUCUCGGAAAAUAUGCCGAUAUCAUCGUGGUCAACGUCUCCAGCCCGAACACUCCUGGUCUCCGCGCACUUCAGAACGUCGAGCCCUUGACGCAACUUCUUAGUAGCGUUGUGGAAGCGGUGCAGAGUAUCGACCGCAAGACGAAGCCGGCCAUCAUGGUCAAAGUCAGCCCAGAUGAAGAUACAGAAGAGCAGGUAUCCGGCAUCUGCGAAGCAGUCUGGGAUUCUGGCGUUGAUGGGGUGAUCGUAGGGAAUACUACGAAGAAGCGGCCAGACCCUAUUCCGAAAGGCUAUGUACUUCCCAAGGGCGAAGCCAGCAUAUUGCUAGAACAGGGAGGAUACUCCGGGCCACAGAUGUUCGAGCGCACAUUGACGCUUGUAAGGAGGUAUCGCAAGACGCUAGAUGAUGGACCAAAGCAACUCCCACCACCGCCUUCAGAAGAGCCGGACAUACCCAUAGCGGGCCAGUCAACUGGCGACGAGCCCGAUGCUUCCAUCCUAGGCAAGCUAGAAUCCUCAAAAGCAGCCUCAGGAGCCGGUGACGCCGUUGCCUCUGCGGUAUCUUCCCUACCCAACGCGUCCGCGGAUUUGCAUGACGAAUUAUCAAUGCUGCCCACAAAUGUCGACGACCUGAGCGAAUCCGCGCCUACGAUCAAGUUACCAUCUCCCUCACUGCCUCCAACGGAAGGAGAGGUCGUCCCACCAGCUCCCACGCCAAACAAUCCUCGAAAGGUGAUAUUCGCCACCGGUGGCAUCACUAAUGGGAGGCAGGCGAGGGAGAUAUUGGAUGCAGGAGCUAGUGCCGCUCAGGUGUAUACAGCGAUGAUUUAUCGCGGCGCCGGAACGAUAAGCAGGAUCAAAGAGGAGAUGAGAGAGGAGGCGAAAAAGAAAAAGUGAAGAAAUUAGGCAUGGGCUUUCAUGUGUAAAUAUGUGUGUAUGAAUGCUAUGAAUAUACAGAUCCUUCUGCG